GGAUACAUAAAAUCUUGUCUGUUGUCAGCAUUACAUACGGACAGGGUGCUUAUUUCCAGAUUACACCCAUCUGGCGAAUAAGAUAGUAGAAACUGCUGAUUUUUAUGAUAAGCAGUGCAACAAAUUGAGUAUCACUCGAAUAUCCAGUGGACACUGCCAUGUUUUUAUAACCAUAUGAUAUCAUAUAUAGGUAGCUUUCCUGGCCCGGGGCGUCGAAAACCACGACAUGAAAACCCCCAUUGAUAUAUUGGGACCGUAAUGCUUUACUAACAGUUCACAUACCAACGCACAUCAGCAAGCGGAACGAGAUAAUGGAGGCCAUACCAGUCAAUACUCAGAUCACAGUCGUGUUUAUCGCCUUUACUACACUCCUUUUCCUUAAACUAUACACAAUCGGUAGUCGGGGUAAAGAGCUCCCGCCUGGUCCCAAGACAAUCCCUAUUCUUGGAAAUGCACUGGGCUUCCCUACUUACUUUCCUCAUAUCAAAUUUUCGGAAUGGGCUCGUCAGUAUGGAGAAAUUUACUCGCUUAAAGUCUUGAACGGAACGAUAAUCGUUCUUUCUUCUGCGACGGCCAUCAAAAGUGUUCUUGACAUCAAUGGGCUGAAUACAGGCAAUCGCCCCGAGUCUACUAUAAUACGGCGGGUAACCAAUGGCAAUGUCCAAGCAUUGGAGGAUAUGGAUAGGCCAGCUUGGAGGCGUAGCCGAAAGGCUAUGCAUACUUUUAUCACAGAGUAUAUUCUAGGGUCACACACUCAGGCUCAAGAUGACGAGUACUCGCAGCUUAUGAACGAUAUUCUUGAAGAUCCGAAGAACACUUUUGAGCAUAUCAGUCGAAUGGCUGUAGGUGUACUUAUCAUAACCCUUUAUGGAUCCAGGGUCCCGAAAUAUUGGGGCUCAGAAGCAGAAACAUAUUUUCGCGGGGUCAAACUGAUGAACAAAGUCACUGACCCCGGGGCUCACCCGCCAGUCGACAUCCUCUGGCCGCUGAAAUAUGUCCCGAAACGUUGGGCGUACUGGAAACGACUCGCCGACAUGACGCGAGAGACCUGUGCCCAAGUCUUUGGUCCGCUUUACAAGCAAUGUGAACGCGCGAUAGAGUUAAAUAAGAAAACUGGAUGCUUUAUCGAGUAUUUGAUUAUGAAUCAGCAACAGCUAGGCAUGUCGCACCCAGAGAUCACCGGGUUAGCUGAGGGCUUGAUGGAUGCCGGCGCAGAGGCUACCGCUUCAUUUCUUCAAAGCAUCAUAUUGGUUCUAAUUAACUACCCCCAUGUCCAAGAGAAAGGUCAAAUAGAGAUUGACAGCAUCGUUGGUGGCGAUAGAUGGCCGACUUUGGGCGACUACGACAGAUGUCCAUAUAUUCGCGCAAUUGUUGAAGAGAUAUUCCGAUUCAGGCCAGUUUUCCCCGUAGGUAUUCCUCAUAGAAGCGCGAAGGAAACUUAUUAUAGGGGAUGCCGUAUUCCGGAGGACUCAAUUAUCUUUAUGAAUAUAUAUGGGCUUUUCCAUGACCCAGACUUAUACGAUGAUCCGGAGACAUUUGAUCCCGAGCGAUUCCUGAAGUCCCCUUUUGGGACGAAAGAAGGAGCAGACACAAGGGCAUAUAGGAGUAAUCUUGCGUUUGGAGCUGGGCGGCGGAUUUGCGCCGGAGAGGAACUGGCUCGUCGAUUGAUCGCGCAGAAUGUGAUGAACCUGCUUUGGGCGUUCAGCUUUAAAAAGGACGGUUCCGGAACAGGGGGUAUGGAUAUAGAUUCUUAUUCUAGGCCGGGUAUCGAGCUUGCACCGAAGCAUUUUACGUGUGAUAUUACACCACGAUCUAGUGUUAAAGCAUGUGCGAUUAAGAACCGGUUUGAACAAGCAUUCCCCAUUCACGCCGACAGGUCUACAAGGGGGGGUACAUAGUAACUCCCCAGUCAGUUGAUGACGGCAUGGAGGAUGGUAUAGAUCAUAUCUAGCCGAAAAUAUUAGUCGGGGGCAUAUUAUUUACAGACUACUAGCUCAAUAGGGGUAACACUGAUGUGGAACUAAAGUCGUGAUAGGUCAUUUGUGUCACUAGUGGCAGUCCCAUCUAUGAUUUACAACAGUGAUUUAUAGAACUAUGUAUUUUGGUAGUAGAGAUAGAUACCUAUCUGAUAUACGGACUCUAUCAUUUCUUCAUUGUCUAUUCUCCGCGUUCCCUUGGACACUAGUGUAUAUGAAUUUGUGGAGCGGCCU